AACUCACCCCCACAAUCCCAACCCCGCUCGCUCGCUCGCAGGUCGCCUCCCUCCCCGAAAUCCCCUCGCGAACCAGAGAAAAACACAGACACAUCCACCGUCGAAUCCCGCCCUGCCCCUACGCGCACGCCCCGCCGCGCCCGUCCCCCCCCCACCACCCCAGGCCCCACGAGCAAGGAGAACCCCGGAGCUCGGAUUCGCGCGCGGGAAGAUCCGGGCUUCGCCGUCGCCCGCGCUCGGAUUCGGCAGGCAGAGGUCGGGGGUUCUCGGGGGCUGGGGGGUGCCGGCCGGCCUGCCUGCCUGCCUGCCCGCGCUGGAUUUCGCGUCCCCGCCGCCGAUUCGGGCCCCGGAGUCCCGCUCAGGUAUUAUGGUGAUGAAGAUGGAGGUAGAGGAGGAUGGUGCCAAUGGAGGAACCGGUGGAACGUGGACUGAGGAAGACCGAGCCCUCAGCACCACUGUGCUUGGAAGGGAUGCAUUUGCAUACUUGACAAAAGGAGGUGGUGCCAUAUCUGAGGGUCUUGUUGCUGCAUCAUUGCCUGCAGACUUGCAGAAUAAACUCCAGGAGCUUAUAGAAUCAGAACAUCCUCAUGGUGGUUGGAACUAUGCCAUCUUCUGGCAGCUCUCACGCACCAAAUCUGGUGAUCUUGUCCUUGGAUGGGGGGAUGGCUCUUGCCGUGAACCCCAUGAUGGUGAGGUGGGAGGUGCUGCUUCUGUAGGCAAUGAUGAUGCCAAUCAGCGAAUGCGGAAGCGUGUGCUGCAGAGGUUGCAUACAGCAUUUGGUGGUGCUGAUGAGGAGGAUUAUGCCCCAGGUAUUGAUCAGGUGACAGAUACUGAGAUGUUCUUUCUAGCAUCUAUGUACUUCGCAUUUCCGCGUCGUGCUGGUGGCCCUGGUCAAGUUUUUGCAGCAGGCAUGCCCCUCUGGAUUCCUAAUACCGACCGCAAUGUAUUCCCAGUCAAUUACUGUUACCGGGGGUACCUUGCAAGCACAGCAGGAUUUAGAACUAUUGUGUUAGUGCCAUUUGAGACUGGUGUUCUUGAGCUGGGUUCAAUGCAGCAGGUGGUUGAGAGUCCUGACGCUCUCCAGGCCAUAAAGGCUGUCUUUGCAGGGAGUGGCAAUAUAGUCCAGAGGCGUGAAGGAAAUGGUCAUAUUGAGAAGUCUCCAGGCUUGGCAAAGAUUUUUGGCAAGGAUUUGAACCUUGGUCGGCCUUCAGCAGCUCCAGUGAUUGGUGUACCAAAGGGAGAUGAAAGGUCAUGGGAACAGAGGGCUGCUGGUGCUGGUGUAGGGAGUUCAUUGCUUCCCAAUGUCCAGAAAGGAUUGCAGAAUUUCACUUGGAGUCAGGCCCGGGGCCUGAAUUCUCAUCAGCAGAAGUUUGGAAAUGGCAUACUGAUAGUGAGCAAUGAAGUUCCACACAACAAUGGAGCUGCGGACAGCCCUACUACAGCACAGUUUCAGCUUCAGAAAGCAACUCAGCUCCAGAAACUACCACAGCUUCAGAAACAGCCACCACAGCUAGUGAAACCACUGCAGAUGGUCAACCAGCAACAGUUGCAAGCACAAGCCCCUAGACAAAUAGAUUUUAGUGCAGGGACCAGUUCUAAGUCUGGGGUCCUGGUUGCAAGAACUGCUGUCCUUGAUGGAGAGAGUUCAGAGGUGAAUGGCUUGUGUAAAGAGGAAGGGGCACCUCCUAUCAUUGAGGACCGACGUCCGAGGAAGAGGGGAAGAAAGCCUGCAAAUGGGAGGGAGGAGCCGCUUAAUCAUGUUGAGGCUGAGCGCCAAAGGAGGGAGAAGCUCAACCAGCGGUUCUAUGCUCUGAGAGCCGUGGUACCCAACAUCUCAAAAAUGGACAAGGCCUCUCUGCUGGGAGAUGCAAUAGCAUACAUCACUGACCUCCAGAAGAAGCUCAAAGACAUGGAGACGGAGAGAGAACGUUUUCUCGAGUCCGGCAUGGCGGACCCAAGGGACAGAGCACCCAGACCAGAGGUGGACAUCCAAGUGGUGCGAGACGAGGUCCUUGUCCGAGUAAUGUCUCCAAUGGAGAACCAUCCAGUCAAGAAGGUCUUUGAAGCAUUUGAAGAGGCGGAAGUCCGUGUAGGUGAGUCGAAGGUCACAGGCAACAAUGGUACGGUGGUGCAUUCCUUCAUCAUCAAGUGCCCUGGCUCCGAACAGCAAACGAGGGAGAAGGUGAUUGCUGCGAUGUCUCGUGCCAUGAACAUGGUGUAGAAUUGGGCCGAGGGGGUUCGGUGGUGCAGUAGAGGUGGGUUACUCAGCUGGUCGCAAGCAAGCAGCAGCCCUUGACGCCUUCCAUUCUGUUGAUAGAAGUUGUAGGCGAGCUGAGAUUUCUGACUUAGCAAUGCAAGAAAAGCCCAAGUUAAGCUGCAAAUGUUGUACGGCUGAUUUCUUGCGGUUCUUUUAGUUUUGAUGUUUUAUUGGGAUGAACACCUCUCUUAGUGUAUUGGUUAAUUAAUGCUGAAUCAUAAAAGGUACAUCUCGCAUGGAUGAGUUAGAAAGUUACCUGUUCUUUGUUUUUUGUAGCAAAGUUGCUCUUUGUUUAUGUAUCCUUAAUUCCUUAUAGCAA